AUGCUGGAUAGGAGAUCCAUACAAGAAGUGCUUGUUAGAGAUGAUUCCCUCUUCGCACUGACGGCCGCUGUCUGUUCUACAACACGGUAUGACUCACUGACAAGCAGCAGUUCCCUUCAGAAAAAGAACCAGCCCCCGGGCCGCAAGCAGCGGCCCCGGUCGGGUGUGCGGGGCAGCCCCAGCGCCGGCCCCCUGCCCGGGCGCGAGGUGGGGAGGCCGCGAAGGGCCAUCGAGGCGGGGCGCAGGACGGAGGGCCGGGACAGGGCGGAGCUGGGGCGCCGCAGGCUGAGGCGGGGGGCGCCGGCGUGGACAGGCCCCCCCCCCGGAGCCCGCCUUCCCCCGCCCCGCUCAGCGGGGGGAGCAGAGCGCGCCCAGCCACCCCCACCCCUCGGGGGAGGCCCAGGGAGCUGGGCGGAGCACCCCCGAGACCCUGGAGCCCGGUACCUGGCUGCGGCGCUAGGGGUGCCGGGGCUGCGCCCCCGCCAUGCCCGGCUCCAGCUGCUGGAGGCCCCGACGCCAGCGGCUCAGUCCGGCCCGGCCGCCAUGUCAGCCGCGCCGCGCGAUGCAUUGUGGGGCGAGGGCGGGAGGGAGAGCCUCGAGGGCGGGUGGCGCUGCCGGGCGGCGGCGGCAGCAGCGGGCGGAUGGCUGGGCCUGGUGCAGCCCUGCCCUGGUACAGCCCUGCCCUGCCCUGCCCCACCUUACCCUACCCAGCCCUGCCCUGCCCUGCCCGGGUCGUGCCCGGCCGGUGGGGCAGCCCCACCUGCCCCUCAGAACUGCCCCUCCUCUGGGGCAGCGCCCCCCUCUCAUCACUGCCGGCGUUCGGAGCCUCCCUACCGCAGUGCCACAGCAGGAAACGGGGACGCGCGCUUAAGCAGCUCCGGUUUUGCCUUAUUUCCUCCACAGUUAUCCUAA